UAUGUGGAGCGUGGAGACAGUUGAAUAAACCGUAACGUCAGAAUUAAAGUCAUUUAUAUAUAAAGAAAUUACAUUCGGGUCGUGUUUGUUUCGGGUCUGACUGUUGGAUAGUUUUCGAGGAAAAUCUAAAUAUUUAUACAUACUAUCCAUACAAUUUAAGUGUUAAAAAGUACAAAGGUUAUUUUCAACUUUAAUAACAAAAAUGGGUCUCAUUAUAUCGCGUUUCUGGAUCAAAAAAACUAAAGUUGAAGUCCUGGAUACGCUGGAUACGAAAAUUAAAAAGCUGGAGCAAGACAGCCGUAACAAGGAGCUGGCUCACCAACGGCUCGUGGGUCAAAUGAUGGCCAGUUCCAUAGGACUGUACGUCAUCAUAGCCAUUGUUUAUUAUUACAAGUACGUUGGAAGCAGCCAGCAUUGGCUGGACUCGUUGUUAUACGCGUCGCCGCUGCUCCUUCUGCCUAUGUUAGUUAUAUUUCUCCGAGCGUCCCUGUCCAGGUACUUUGAUUGGACAAUUACAAGGAACAGAUCGAAACUGAUAAGACUAAGAGACGAAAAGAAGAAGAUCUUAGAAUCUGUUAUGACCACAGAGACUUAUAAGGUUGCGAAGGAGAUCCUCGACAAGUAUGGCACCCCAGAGGAGCAAUCCAAGAGCCUGGUGAGCCAAAAAAUGCUGAGCAUCUCCAAUAAGGCAUCCAGCGCGACUCCAGCAACACCGGUUCAUAUGCGUCAAAGACAAUUGGUGUUGCCGACCCCGAGGUCAUUAAACUCUAGUCAUUUGGAGACGGACAAUCCUGGACAACAGAGUCCGUUGUUGCGAUCCGACCAGCUUCCACGUCCGAUACCACCCAGGAAUCCGACUUUGUUCGACAAAGUCGUAGAUUACCUGUUGAAGGACGGCCCCGAACACAGGAUGGCACUGAUCUGUUCUCGGUGCUCAUCACAUAACGGUAUGGCCCUGAUAGAGGAAUUCGAUUUCUUCUCAUACAAGUGCGCGUACUGCGGCAAUAUGAACCUGGCGAGGAAGCAGCGACCCAUAGCGCCGCCUCUCAUGCCCAGACCUGGGACCACCGCUGCCAACCUUCCCGCACGAACCACGAGGGCUGUCAUACCAUUCAAAAUGGACACCGAUAAUAACACGUGCAGCAGCGACGAAUCGUCUGACGCGGAGCCCGUGAGGACCGGCGAAGAUGAGGAUGACAGACAUACUAACGGUGAAACAAAUCGCUCGCCCUCUCCAGCGGAAGGGGAGAGGAAGUCCGAAGAGGAGAAAAAAGAAGACUGAUUAAAUAAUCUUAAUAAUUAUUUAUUAAAAAAAAAAAACUUCCAAUAAACGUGCCUCUUACCCAUUAAUAUAAGGAAAUUUUUAAUAUAUAUGUCAAUUGAUGAAUAAAAAUAAAAAAAAAAAAACUCAAAACGAUAUUAACUGUAAGGACGAUACUUCGAUACUCUGUGGCUUGAGUUGUGUUAUCUGUGUCACCAGAUACGCGUCCACACAGAUGUCAGUCAGCAAAUACAUAUUUCUUAAUUAUAUAACAUUAAAAGUGUCUUAUUUUACACUAAUAGUGUCUUAACAUAGAAACGGUUUAAUACUUCCUCUCACACCCACAUGCUAAUGGAUGGGACCUAGCAGUUUGAUGUGUUAAAACAACACCGACUACAUUCCGGCAGAGGCAAUUACUGAAGUCGUCGACUUAAAUCCGAACCUCAAAGCGAUGUUGCGAAAUGCGCGAUAGCAUCGUCUCUAAUGAGCUCGUCGGAGCUUCCUCGCUGUUGCUCCAACGGUAACUUCCGUCCAAUACAAUGUCGACGUGGCAGCUGCUACUGUGUGGACUCUGACGGUCGACAGGAAGGGAUGCAAACCGCUGACGUCAGCAGUCUGCCUUGUUACACGGCUGACUGGAGAAAUUGUUGAUUGAUUUUGUUAAAGCAUUAUCUUAGUGAUCGAAAAAUUAAUUUAAAAUCGAAAAUUAAUAAUAAUAAUAAAAAAUGUUUUCAAAAUUUAUAAA